AUGGGGUCAACAUCUAUGUCUGUGGCCGUCAGAAAGAAGAUCUUGAAGACUUUGUUUGUCUCGCUGCUCCUUGACUUGAUAUCCUUCACCUUCAUCCUCCCCCUCUUUCCAUCAGUACUCAGUUACUACCGCGCCAAAGAUGAAGCUCCAAACAGCCUCUUGAAUGGCAUCUUUCACUACUUGAACGCGUAUAAAAACUCAUUCUCAAAGCCAAUCGACUCUCGCUAUGAUAUCAUUUUGCUUGGCGGGGCAUUUGGCUCGCUCUUCUCUCUUUUGCAAGCCCUGGCUGCACCAUUUAUCGGUCGAUUGUCAGAUAUCUAUGGUCGACGCCAAGCGAUGUUGUUGUCAAUGGCUGGUAAUAUCCUCAGUGUGUCACUGUGGGUUGGCGCAACGGAUUUCCGGACGUUCCUUGCGAGUCGCAUCGUUGGUGGGUUGACCGAAGGAAAUGUACAACUUGCCAAUGCGAUUGUGUCGGAUAUUAGUGAUGAAAGUCAACGUGGGUCUGCGAUGGCUCUUGUCGGCGCAUGCUUUAGUAUUGCCUUUACUUGUGGUCCUAUGCUCGGUGCCGCGCUGUCUACAAUUGACAUGAUGGCUUCGAACAAAUUUGCCGUUGCGGCGGGUGUGUCUCUGCUUUUGGUCGUUGCCGAGACGCUCUACAUUUAUGUUUUUUUGCCGGAGACUCAUCUGCAACUGCGGAACCUACCAGGUGCCAGUGAUGACACUGCCGAAAAGAGCAAUGGACAACCGAAAACAAACGGCGUGGCCUCCAUGGAUGGACAUUCUAAGCCUCUGAUGAACGGGCACACCAAAAACGCCAAAGCAAAGGGCGAGACCAACAAUUUGACCGUCUUGAAGAUCACCCAUUUCCUAUUCCUGAUUUCCUUCUCCGGCCUGGAAUUCUCGCUCCCAACAGCAUAUCCAUCCGCCUUGAAUGUGAUUCGAGUCGGAGUCAUCUCGUGCGCCCUAUCAUUUUUCCUGCUUGCGCAAGCCUCCUUGAUCACGGGGCUUUAUAGCGCUGGAGCGUUGCUCGCCGCGACAUCGGCGACGGUGGUGAUGAAUAUCAACAGUCUUGGUAGCUUAGAGGCACGGGAAGCUGAGCGUGGGGCCGUCCUUGGCCAUCUUCGAAGCUGGGGACAGGUUGGUCGGGCUUUGGGGCCGAUGCUGUUUUGCUCGUUGUUUUGGUGGGCUGGAAGAGAGGUUGCAUAUACCACGGGAGGUGCGAUGAUGGUUGGAGUUGGCGUGAUUGUCUUUGGUUUACUUCGUUCUCCUGUAAGGACAUCAUCCAGGGCUUAA